AUGUCUAGAAUGUUUCGGGGUGUAAAAUCUAGACCGAGCUGGUAUUAUCGUGUCAAUGACCUUGUGGCAGACCGCUAUCGCCGUGGAGAAGAGAAUUUGUGCGACAACGAGCCACGCCCUGAAGAUUAUGAUGAGGAUCUUUCUAGUGUUUCCACUUUCUCCUGCGCCUCUAGAAAUGGCUGUGAUUAUGGCACCGACGAUAUUUGCGAGUAUCACAUGAAAUUAGACACGGAAGGCCCAGAUUCAGACAAAGAGCUCGACAAGAACGAUCCGUUGGAUAUCGAGUACCUCUGGAUGAAGAUGGAUCGGCGCGACCGCAAGAGAGAAUUGCGAGCACAGAAGGAAUGGGAAGAAGAGAUGAGAAAGAAGGGCGAGAAGUACAGAGAGCAAAUGAACGAGAAAUUAAGGGAGGAGAAGAGGAAGGAAGCUCAGAAAAUUAAAGUCUAUGAAGAUGCGGAAAAGGCCGGGGAUGUUUGGAGACAGCACAAAAGAACACUGAGACCUUGGGAAACAUAUGAAGAGGUGGCUACUAAAGACGGUAUCGAACUCGAGAUGCGUUAUAUCAACGAAAUCCAAGAUGCCCUCGAUAUCGCGCAAUCUCUUGAGGGGACGCCUACCCCUCUCAACCUCGACCUGAUGAGAAUGUUCAAGCUCUGGUCAGUCGAUCACAUCAAGCACUGCCCCUACGAGCUCGCCCCUACGAUGUACAUCGAGUUUGACAGUGAGUUCGACUGGGACAAAUUCAACCAGGAACAGGUUCGGACGCUGAGAGCUGAAAAGCUCUCCGGGCACAUAUAUCUACUCUCAGACGAUGUCUGUGAAAUAGACAAUUUCACGCCACCAGAGUAUUGUAGCACCAAAACUCAUAACUUGGCAACAAGCGAAGAGCCGGUCUAUGUCCAGUUCUUUAACGACAAUUACUUGACUCUCAAGAUCAGCCGCGAGACGGUAUUUGCAAAUUGCGAGGAGGAUAUCCCGUGGAAUGCACUUUCGUUUUUCACAUACUACGGUAUCAAUGAGAAAGGCAUGGUUGAUAAGGAACAGCAGGAAGAGGAACAAUGCGAGACUGAUGAAGAAAGCGUCCUAGAAUCGAUAAGAUUGUUAUUUUGA